UCACCACUAACGGAAAAGUGCGCGGCACGUGUUUAUUUUUGUUUUGUCGUCUCUUCCAUUUUUGAGGCUGCCGCGAAUAUGUUGGCCAAAAAACAGAAAAUGAUGGUAGAAACGGAUUCGGAGCCGCAAACCACGCCUCACACGAUACAAGCACGCCUCAUUUCGGAUUCUGGGGAGGAGGCCGGUCCGCCCAUAGACCUUCCAGCAGGAAUUACCACCCAGCAACUGGGAUUAAUAUGCAAUGCUCUGCUGAAGAACGAAGAAGCAACGCCUUAUCUGUUCUUCGUAGGCGAAGAUGAGAUCAAGAAGAGCCUGGAGGAAACCCUGGACUUGGCUUCAGUGGACACAGAGAACGUAAUUGAUAUUGUGUAUCAACCGCAAGCAGUUUUUAAAGUACGCCCGGUGACAAGAUGCACAAGUUCCAUGCCAGGGCACGCAGAGGCUGUGGUCUCCCUUAAUUUUAGCCCGGAUGGAGCUCAUCUGGCAAGUGGAAGUGGUGAUACCACGGUACGAUUGUGGGAUCUUAACACAGAGACACCGCAUUUCACCUGCACAGGUCACAAGCAAUGGGUUUUGUGCGUAUCCUGGGCUCCGGAUGGCAAACGUUUGGCCAGCGGCUGCAAAGCUGGCUCUAUAAUCAUCUGGGACCCAGAAACGGGACAGCAGAAGGGUCGCCCCUUAAGUGGACAUAAGAAACACAUAAACUGCCUCGCUUGGGAGCCCUAUCAUAGGGAUCCCGAGUGCAGAAGACUUGCUUCCGCUAGUGGAGAUGGGGACUGCAGGAUUUGGGACGUUAAACUGGGUCAGUGUCUAAUGAACAUUGCUGGACACACGAAUGCGGUGACUGCCGUCCGUUGGGGGGGUUCAGGACUUAUUUAUACUUCCUCGAAGGAUCGCACAGUGAAAAUGUGGCGAUCUGCCGAUGGCAUCUUGUGCCGGACAUUCUCUGGCCACGCUCACUGGGUUAACAACAUUGCUCUGAGCACGGACUACGUGCUGCGCACAGGUCCAUUCCAUCCGGUUAAGGAACGCUCUAAGAGCAACAUCAGCAUAAGUACUGAACAGUUGCAGGAAUCCGCUUUAAAGCGCUUCCAGGCCGUCUGUCCAGAUGAGGUGGAGUCCCUGGUUUCCUGUUCAGAUGACAACACCCUCUAUUUGUGGCGCAACAACCAAAACAAGUGCGUGGAACGAAUGACAGGCCACCAGAAUGUGGUUAACGAUGUAAAAUAUUCGCCGGAUGUUAAACUGAUCGCGUCAGCUUCGUUCGACAAGUCUGUCCGUCUCUGGCGAGCCCACGAUGGACAGUUUAUGGCCACCUUCAGAGGUCAUGUCCAGGCUGUAUACACACUGGCCUGGUCUGCGGACUCACGUUUGAUUGUAUCAGGAAGCAAAGAUUCAACACUGAAGGUUUGGAGUGUACAAACCAAGAAAUUAGCGCAAGAGCUGCCUGGGCAUGCAGAUGAGGUGUUUGGAGUGGACUGGGCGCCCGAUGGCUCUCGAGUUGCCUCUGGAGGCAAGGACAAAGUCAUAAAGCUAUGGGCUUACUAAACACAUUUUUAUCUUGUACACUUUAAGAAAACACAUAGGAAUAAAGAAAAAGUCCUGUUUAAA